AUGUCCGCCGUCGAGCACCCAGAGAAGGCUAGCAAGCUCAAUUUGGUCGACCAGUUCGAAUUCUAUGGUCAAUACCACACCAAUAGAGUCAAUGUGGCAAUCCACAUCAUCUGCGUCCCCCUCAUCUUCUGGACCACCCUCAUCCUCUCCCAAUCAUGGUCACCCACACUGGCUUCCUUCUCUCUCGAGAUCCGUAGCUUCAGACAACAAGUGGACGUGACCAUCCCGCUCCUCAUUGCGACGAGUUACGCAUCCUAUUUCGUUCUGCUCGACUGGUUCGCCGGUGCUUUGUAUGCUCCUGUUCUGCUGGCUAUGGGCGUAUCGAGCAAGGUCAUCUACGAUACCGUCGAUGAUCCGCUCAAGAAAGCCGGUAUCGUCUUUGUGGGCUCAUGGAUCGCACAAUUCGUCGGGCAUGGCAAGUUCGAAGGAAGAGCGCCCGCUCUCUUUGAUAGCCUGUUCCAGUCACUCGUUCUGGCUGUGUUCUUUGUCUUUAUGGAAGUCCUCUUCGCACUCGGCUAUCGUCGCGAACUCCACAAAACACUCAAAAACAGAAUUGGCAAGGCCGUCACGGCUUACAGACGGGAUGCCAAAGCCAAGGGCAAAGGCGAUCCAAAGUCUGUCAAGCAGCAACCGCUUUUCCGAGCUUAA